UGGCUCGAGGUUCGUAGAUGUAUGCUCUGCCUCGAACGUCUUGAGGUCGUCCUUCAGCCAGAUUUGCCUCGUCUUGAGGGGCGUGUACUCAUCUAAGUGCACCCGGCAGCCGUUAGACCAUUUGCCUCGAGUCCCUCUACAAGGCCGGGACGGAGCGAUAUGCCGGGGUUUCCCCGGCUCAGGCCACGUUUCACAAGGGUGAACCCGAAGCUUCUGGUCAUUAAUUAUUCUUGCGAUUGCUGUACGGGAAGGGAGGGGGGGGAUAACGGUGGACGGAACGGGUAUAUCUUCAGCUUUGUCUUCCUCAAAUCACAGGCGAAUUCCCUUAGCUUUGGAGGCACCGCAUGAAAAGCCUUGUUCGCUUGUCAAACUCCUGAGAAUGGUCGUCAUCGGAGUUGCUUCGAUGACACUUCUUUGGACUCGCGGACAGUAUUUUUUUCCUUGUGCGGAGAGCUCUCUCGGGUGUAUCAAUGUGAAAGAGAGAAGGACAGAAAUUCGUUGUAUCUACUUCCCAAUCGAAUAUUUUACCCCAUCAAAUAGUCAGGUAUUCGAUGAUGAAGAUAAUCGCCGAAAUGACUAGGUUUGAUCCCAUACAAUGCAAAAACGUCUCCUG